CGCUCUAUCCAGCAUAUGCAGCUAAACCUACUUCUAUCCUUAUCUUAUCGUGUUAUUGUUACACCGAUUCUGUUUCUUUGACUGGUUAGACGUCAGACAAGCAACUCGAAGCGAGUAAAAGCUCCAGCUGUUGCGUGGAGUGCCUGCAAUUUACCAUUGAGACAACGAAUAGUGCCUUUCUGCUCUGCGUCUAAGCGAAGCCAAUCGCAUCUUGCUUCUAUCUCCAGACUUCUAGCUGCUUUUAGCAUGCAAGCUGAUGCAGAGUCGACGAGGACCAUACGUGACCAACCGGCUGGCGAUCACCAGCGGCUAGGAAGAAUGCAACGAGAUCUGGACUCCGUGCCACCCAGGGCUUCCCCAGCACUGGCCACCGUCGUCGCUGGCGAAGCCUCCGAAUCAGACGAAGACGACGCAACCUACUCCGGUUCCACCACCGACAGCAGAUGCAGCACCUCCCAGGCGAUGUCUCUGGACGGCUCGUUCAGCGCGGCUUCUACGGGACGGAGGAUGACGGAGCCGACGCGUUACAACUCGCUCCUGCAUCGAAAGCUACGCGAGAGGAACGCCAGUCUGAGGAAGAACCUGACUGAGAUGGCCUGCCAGCCGUACCAGAACGCCACCAGGGAGAUCACGUCCAUCACGCAGAGCCUGAUUCGUUCGCAGCAGCUGGUCCAGGAGGUGUCUUCCACGCUUCGACGUCUGACGAACGAGUUGUUCCAGCUUGAGGACAAAGUGGAGACCGUGAGACACUGCAACAUCAUACCGGAUAUAACGAUGAACGCCUACUGUUCCGUGCCUGGCGAACGUUAGUUCCGAUAUUUGCCGCAUAUUCGUUGUAUAGGGAACCUAUCUCGGAAGUAGGACAGGACCUUCUGUGAUAAGUCGGACAAAAUGAUUUUCGCAGUCUUAGCCUUCCUUUAGAAAAGACGACCGUUAUUACGAUCUUCGCCUUUUUCUUUCCCUCAGAUAAUCAUCAGGCUUUUUUUUUUUUGAGAGAGAGAGAGGGGGUUAGCCUUGUAAAUCUAGGUUAUGUACUCUGUCUUGGUGUUACCGUUAUAUCCAGCCCUGCACUGCACCAAAGGCCUCGAGUAAGGCAUUCCAUGACCUGUAGAAACAGCGCCAAAGACAAAGUGUGUGGUACUAAUACUUGUGAAAAAGAGAGAUGUUUUGGACAGGCAGCUAAAAUAUGCAGAGAAUCUGGUGCAGCAAUCAAACUGUCAAACUGAAACCUUCAACAGUUGUAGAAUAAUAAUAAUAGGCCUUGUUCUGCAGGAACAUGAAUGUCAGUCAUCUCCACAGGUAUCAGUUCGCAAAUUUGACAGUGCCUUGGUUAAACAUGCAAUGCAGAACACUGUCCUUUUGGUCCAGGUCUUUUUGGUGCAAAACUCUUUCCAUUUGAUGUGAAUUUUUUUAAACAAGUUCGGUAAACAUGGAUGUCGUAGCAACGCAGCGUGUUCUUCUUACCGCUUUUUAAACUCUAUUCUCUAUAUCUCUGACGCAUUUUGGCUCCAUUGUGGGUAUCUGACAUUAGGUAGUUUUACUGUAUGUAAUAAAUAGUGAUGUGCAAACAGGGACAUAGCCAGGGAUAUUUGGAAGGCAGGGGUGUGCAGCCAAGGUGGGACGUAGUUUGAGAAAAAUCCAUGUGGGCACUGUGAUGAUCCCAUCUGUUGUAUGCGUCAGUGAAUUCCCGCGAGCCAGUCACAAGUAGACUAUGCAUAUGUGGUUGACUACAUUUUGGGAGGGGCUGGUGUCCCAUAAGCAUGUCCCUCAUUGCCUACAACCCCUGUCUGGGGGAAUACUUCUUACAUGUGGGGUCAUCGCUAGUGUUCAGACUUCCUUGCCGACUGUGAUGCAUUUUUACUGUAAUGCAUUUUUUUUUAUCAAACUUCAUGUCUGUCAUGAUCUCGAAAAGCAUAAUGACUACUGGAAGAUGAACAAAAACACGAGAGCUGAAGGUUGACAUUAAGGUUGAUUGCAUUUUGACACAGGCAGCAUUUUUGUAAAACUUAAUGUGUCACCAUUUCCUGGUUUAGUCCUUUAAAUGUACUCCAAGGGUACCUUACUACAAUGGGUGCAUAUAUUUAUUAUAUAUGGCUUAAACUUUAUGUUGCAUAAACACCAAGAGUGCACAGCAUCUUGGUUUUCUACCAUUUCGAUCAAACAAGUGUUUAUUGGAGUCGACUGCUAGCAGACAUGUCAUCAAAUUGUUAAAAUAGACUGACAUGCUUUUAUGUGUAGCGUACACAAGAGUCGCUAAGGAAGCCUACUUGUUGUCUCUAGCACAUACUGCCAUGUAAUUAAUGCAUCAUACUAUUUAUUCUGUUUUUCAGUCCUUCCAAAGUGUAAUUAUUUAAUUUUAAUGAGACGUUUCGAUAUGUGGAAUCAGCGCAGCAGCUACGAUGCUUCGUAAUAAUGUUUCAGAAUGUCACGAUACACUGCUGAGUAUGUGGCAUGGAGCUCUUCACUAGCAUGUGCAAUUGAUCGCCUUUCUUACGCAUUAUAAUUUGUCUUUUGUUUAAUAAACAGUGAAUGAUUACCGACCAAUAUUGAGGCAUUGCUGAAACGCUGAGCUUUAUGCCAUUCGACGUGUCAAGUCAUGCCAUGUUUUUAUACAGCUUAGAAAGAAGAUAAAUAUACCUGUCUUGCAGGAAAAGUGGUUGAUGUGAACAUUGCACACCCACCAUUCAAAUUGUGUUUCUAUGUUCUUGUACUAUGCGGGUAAUAUUUGUACACUGUCUGUUCAACUUGUCGUAUUUUCAUUGUUAACCACCUUCUAAAUAAAAAUAUGGCAAUGAAUAAAAACAUAUACAAAACGAU